UUUGAAAGUCUCCCCCCGCAGUUCCUGUAUCCGUUGUAGCCAUUUUCUAGUCUCCACUGUUGCCUUUCCCUCCAGAUUGAUUGUCUCUCCCCCGCUCUCUCCCCCUUCAGUCGUCAUUCCUCUUCAUGCUGCUUCCUAGAUUGUUGCUGUACCUCGUAGCUUUCAAGGGGAAUGCUACUUGGCAAAGUUGGUGUGUGGCUGGAGGGGAAUGCAGUCGCAUUUGAGGAGUAAUUCAUUUUAGCUUCCCACUGUUGUUCUAGUAGCUGUUUUGAAGUUUUCCUUUUUUGCCUCGCGACUCCGGUGGAGUUGUCAAGGUGUCGGAGUGGAUUUAUUGAAUCUCUACAGACACGCAGAGUUCGUUUCAUUUAGGUCACAUCUCUGGGGUUGUUGUCCUCUUAUUAGUGCACUGUUCUCUACUGUGCGUCGUAGUCGCCGCCCACAUCUUCGACAUUGCUCAUCGAGUACCUCCUCGACAAUGGCUGGGAUCUAGUUCGUCACGUUCGACCUGGUGCCAGUUCACGUUGUUCUAGGGGUGAAGGGAGAAAGCUUGGAUGCAGCUCGGUGCCUUGUCAUUCAGGAAGCGUUCUUGGCAUUCUUAGGUCGUUAUUUUAUUAAUUGUUUUGUGAUUCGUAGCUGGUUAAUGAGAUAGCAGCUUCCAGGACGCAAAGUAUGCUUGGUUCCCAAUGCAGUGGAACCGAUGUUAAGAAUUGCAUAAUAUAUUAAGAACCUAGUGACUAGCUGGGGCGAGCUAGAAAUGGCUACGUACAGCAGCAGGAAACCAGCGUGGGGACAGAAAGAAAACCAACAGGAAACGCCAGCGGAUAAGAAGCGAAAGAUGGUAGUCAGUGGGGCGUCGGGUUUAAAAGUCCGAUCACAUAGAGGAGUAUUAUCUGUUGUCAAUCUAAGGGCGGAGGGUAAUGCGGUUAGGAAAUCCUUGGAGGCUGCAAACCCUUCCAAGGCAGGCAUGGCUGCUGUGGCUGGGGACGGCUCGUCCACUUCCCCAGAUUGUGUUGAUGCUCUUUUGAACUUGAAGAUGGUGGGUAAAACGAAAUUCGACUUUAAGGGAAAGAGUGAGCAGAUGAUGGACUACAUCAAGAAGCUUCGCACAUGCAUACGGGCCUUUCAGGAACUGGACAGGAACCAUACGCAGGAGAAGCUUGAGCAGUUGAAGCAAAUUGAAGCUCAAAGACUGAGUCGCGUGGAAUCUGAGACUCAAAUGCGAAAUCAGUAUCUUCAGCUGGAGUCCGGUUACGGAGAACUCAAGGCCCUGUAUUCCCAGUUACAACAGGAAUUGAAUCAGGAACAAGCGGCUAAACAGGCGCUUGUGCGGGUGGAAGAGAAGCAUGUGGAAACUAUUCAAUCCAGGGAGAAAGAUAUAACAAUGCUGAAUGGUCAGAUCGAAAAGUUGCAGAGUGAUCUGAUCUCCUCGAACAAACAAGUUAGUGUUUUGCAAGAUAUCAACAAACGAUUACAGGAGUACAACACUAGCUUGCAACAAUAUAACAGCAAGUUGCAAGUGGACGCCAGUAAUGCAGCCGAGGCAAUGUCCCGCACACAGAAAGAGAAGGCAGCUAUUAUGGAAAAUCUCAGUACUCUUCGUGGUUCCACUACUUCUCUUAACGCCCAACUGGCCGCUACUAAGGCCAGCUUACAGGACAAGAUCCAGCAACACAAGGACGCAGUUGAAGAGGCAUCUCGUUUGCGUAUGGACAUUCAGCGCUGUACUGAGGAUCGGGAUCAACUUGCCAGUCAGGUAUCAUCUUUUGAAGCCGAGAAUGCCAUGUACAAGGAGUGCACUGGCAAGUCUGUGGCCGAGAUCAAGCUUAUAAGUAACAAAGCCUUAGCUCUAGAGGAGAGUUAUACUACAGCUAAUGAGCGAAUCAAAAGUCUCCGUCAACAGCUGGAGAUCACUCAGCACAAGCUGGAGGUGGCCGAAUCUCAAUUGGAACUCAGUCGGGGUGAGAGUGCGACACAGGGCAUGAAAUAUGCCGAGAUUUCUGAGCGCCUAGUGGAAACAGAGCGUAAGGUGAAGGAGGGCGAGAUGUUGCGGAGAAAGCUACAUAAUACCAUAUUGGAGCUGAAGGGUAACAUCCGCGUAUUUUGUAGAGUUAGACCUCUUAUGGUUGAGGAGGACGAAGGAAACGAGUCCCCUUCCGUGCAAUUCCCGUCCUCUACCGAUUUAGAAGGACGUGCUAUCGAACUCGUUCAACCUUCAGGAGGCCCAAAGCAUUGUUUCCAAUUCGAUAAAGUUUUUGGACCUGAUGUGAAGCAAGCUGGCGUAUUUGAAGAGAUCUCUCAGUUGGUUCAAAGUGCUCUUGACGGAUAUAAGGUCUGCAUAUUUGCGUAUGGUCAGACUGGAUCGGGAAAGACGCACACCAUGAUAGGUAACCCAGAAAUUCCUGACGAAGGAGGGGUUAUUCCCCGCUCUCUGGAGCAAGUCUUCGAGUCUAGUCAGGCCUUGAUAGCGCAAGGCUGGAAAUUCUGCAUGCAGGCAUCAAUGUUAGAAAUCUACAACGAAACCAUUCGUGAUUUGCUGGCGAAAGGGCCAGUGAAUGGAGAUGUCAAGCAAAUGUAUGUGGUGAAGCAUGACCCGAGUGGCAACACAAGCGUGUCAGACCUCACACUUGUGGAGGUUGCAACAUGGAAAGAGGUUUCUAAUCUCCUUCAUCGAGCAUCCCAAAGCAGGUCUACAAGUAAGACAUUGAUGAAUGAGCAGUCGUCACGGAGCCAUUGCGUCUUCACUCUCAGAAUCUCUGGCGUAAACGAGGGCACUGAACAAGCCGUCCACGGAGUUUUGAACCUUAUUGAUCUGGCCGGAAGUGAGCGCCUAUCUCGUAGUGGUGCUACUGGAGAUCGCUUGAAAGAGACACAGGCUAUCAACAAGAGCUUGGCAAGUUUGGGUGAUGUCAUAAUGGCAAUUGCUAAUAAGGAUCCUCAUGUUCCUUUCCGCAACUCCAAGCUCACCUACCUCCUUCAACCUUGUCUCGGAGGAGAUUCGAAGACCUUGAUGUUUGUCAACAUCUCUCCUGAUAUGAAGUCUUUGAAUGAAUCAUUGUGUUCUCUCAGAUUCGCUGCUAAAGUGAAUGCCUGCGAAAUUGGUGUUCCCCAUCGCCAGACUUCCUUGAGCAUUCGUUCAAGUUAGCUUGUCUCGAGUAUUUAAUGAUUCUUAGGGCGAGGUGUGGAGUACGGACUGUUGCCAUUUAAUAAUGUUCAGAACGUGGAUUCACAUCAUUCAUCCGUUUUUCGAUUGGUCAAACAUUAUUUGCAAUCAGUUCUGUACUGGAGCUCCUUAAUUACUUAAGGUCAUUUAUGUUGCAGUACAUCUAUCUGGAAAUUCAUGGCUAGGUCUUAGUGUGGAAGUUAUUCUGGUGCAAAUAUUGGAGUAAAGCCAGGUCGAGUAGCGCUUAGACUGGUCCAAAAAGGUCCUGUACCACGAACAUGUACAAAUGGCAAGUAGUUGUAUACCAGUUGUAGGUACUUAUUAGUAAAAUUUUUCAUCAAGACCCUACUUGAUGGGCUUUGCGCUCA